AUGGCUAGGAAAAAUAGAUCACAAUUUUCUAUCCAAGAAAGGACAGCCAAAAAAAGACAACACGAAGAUGCACUUCUUGCAAGUGGUACUUUUGAUGAUGUUGGUGAGAUUCCUGCUGAUAUGAUAUCUUCCGAGGUUGAGACUCAUUCUAGAAAGAGACGUUCAUCGUCCUGGGAUGAUGAAGAACAAGAUUAUGAAUUGAAACCAAGAGUCCUAGAUAAUCCUGAAGAAGAUAUGGUAGAAGGUCUUCCUAUUAAAAUCAAUGGUAAAGUUGAAAGAAACCUCUUGAAGAGACAAAAGAAAAAACACGAAAUUGAAGAAGAAGAAGAAGAAUCUGAAGAGGAAACCAAGAAUGAACAAUCCAAAGAAGAAAUGAAAGGAGGAGCUGAAGAAGAAGAGGAAGAAGAACCUGAUACGGAAGAAAAAGUUUUACAAUUGCAAGAGGAGAUCGCAGAUAUGGUUGAAAAUAUCAUGGAAGACCCAGAAGAGAACACCAGAUACCUUACCCGUCUUGUUAAGAUGGUUCAAUCUAAGAACCCAAAUACUUGUAAAUUUUCAAUGCUUGCUUUAGUUCCUGUGUUCAAUAGCAUUAUUCCAGGUUAUAGAAUCAGACCAUUAAGUGAUAUCGAAAAGAAGGAAAAAGUAUCCAAAGAAGUUUCUAGAUUAAGACAUUUCGAGCAAAAUUUAGUUGUAAACUACAGAAAUUAUAUUGAACGAUUGAAUGUUCUAUCCAAAGUUGCCAAUAAUGAAGACCCCAUUAAAGUUGCACUUGGUGUGAAUGCAAUGCAAGCAGCUACUGGUAUAAUCUCUAAUGCAUCCCAUUUCAACUUUAGAGCAGAGGUGUUCUCAAUUUUGGUUCGUCGUAUUUGUAAACCAAAUCUACGUGUAGAUCCUAUUGCACCAACCAUUAUUAAGAGUGUGGAAUCUCUAUUUACUGGAGAUGAUGAAGGUAGUAUAUCUGUCGAAAUUGUUAGAAUCUUCUCAAAAGUUCUAAAGGUAAGAAAUUACAUGAUUGAUGAAUCUACUAUGAAUAUCCUACUAUCCCUUGACGUUUUACAAGAUUAUGAUCCAAAUACAAGAGAAGAACAAAAUGAGAUGAAAUUCAAAAUUAAGAAGAAGGAUAGAGUACAUUUAUCUAAAAAGGAGAGAAAAGCUAGAAAGGAAAUGAAAGAGAUUGAUGAAGAAAUGAGGAAAGCAGAACUUGUAGUCUCAGCAGAAGAAAGAGAGAAAAAUCAAGCUGAAAUAUUGAAAUUAGUUCUUGCGUUAUAUCUAAAUAUUUUAAAAGUUGGCCAUACCAAUCUUGUCGGUGCCGUAUUGGAAGGUUUAUCUAAAUUUGGUAAUAUGGCCAAUUUCGAUCUUUUAGGGGAUUUCCUGGAAGUCAUGAAGGAGAUAAUUAUUGAAACUGAUCUAACAGAAUUAGAUCCUUCUGAAGUACGAAAAGUAUUACUGUGCAUUGUGAGUUCCUUCUCAUUAGUAUCAAAUAAUAGACAUAUGAAGAUAUCAGUAGAUUUAUCUACAUUCGUCAAUGCAUUAUAUGCUAUCCUCUUCAAUGUUGCGUUAGAUGCUGAUAUUGAAUUAUCCUAUAAAUCAUUGAGACUUGCCGAUCCAUUAAACUUGGAGUUAGUAAAACCAUCAGUCAAUGUUUCUACAAAGGCUGAAUUACUCUUAAAGGCUCUUGAUUAUACCUUUUUCAGAACAAAUUCAGGAACUAGAGAAAGGGCCGCAGCAUUUACUAAAAGAUUAUACGUUGCUAUAAUGCAUACACCUGAGAAGACAACAGUUGCUCUUUUGAAAUUUAUUGAUAAAUUAAUGACAAAAUAUCCAGAUAUUGGAGGAUUAUACUCCACUGAAGACAGAAUUGGUAAUGGUUCAUACAAUAUAAAUAUGGACAUCAUAUCGAGAUGUAACGCUGGGGCUGCCACAUUAUGGGAGAAUUCAUUGCUUUCAAAACAUUAUUGUCCUGCAGUAACAAAAGGAAUCAAUUCAUUGUCAAAGAGAUCUAAGGAAUCUAAAUAA